AUGGGAAUCACGAAGAUGCUCUACUCUAACCUUCUCCGUUUGUCAACUCCUCCAUCAACCCACAUUAUUUUUAUUGUUGAAGUCUCACCGCGGAUUCUCCCUUCGGAAGUACCUGUCGCUAUCAGGAGAAUGAAACCUGACACCGCCCCCAGACCUGAUUUUAUAUCACGGAUGAGCACGGAGAUCUUGGUCCGCCAUUUGGUUGGUAGUUUCCUUGACGAGUGCAAAUGCUGUCCAAAGGUUAAGACAUACUUGUUGGGCGAAUACGGAAUUCACUCCUCUUCUCGUCGUGAGAUGGAAAAUGUCACGAAGUGUUUUUACUUCAAUCUUUCCCGUUUUUCCCUAGUCGCGGACCAAAAGCGACCUUGUGCUUGCCCAGAGACGCAGGUGGAUUCAGGGCAUGGACUCCCUGUUUCUGCUGAGCCAGGACUGACUCAUGACAUCCUUGUAUCCCGCACGUCAGUCCGGCCAAAAGCCCGCAAUCAAGUGACUGGGAGGUGCAAGGGAAGCGGUUUGGAGUCGCCUCCAACAAAUAAGCUGCACAUGUCCACUCCGGGAGAACGGAAGUUCUCCCAAAAGCUCAUGGGACUAGAGGCUUGCAACCUGCCCAUAGCUGAAUCUACAAAAGACGAUGUUCAUGCGGAACGGAUGGAUCUCGGAUGCCCUGUUCACGCUCAACGAAAGCUGGAAUGGGACGAAAUGGGAGCGACGGUUGAUGCCGAAUCUCCAAGUGAGAUGGGUCUCGGAUGUCCCAUUCAAGUUCAAUGGAACGAACAUGUCCGAAUGCACCAGCUAUGUUUCUUCACCAGCCUCUUCAACACCACCGUACUUCUUGCUUUGACCUAUGCUUCGGAAACCUGGGCAUUUCGCAAGCGGAAAGAAAACGCGGUGAGCGUCAUUGAACGCGCAAUUGAGGGAGUGAUGCUAGGAGUAUCCCGUUUCACGCAAGUGAGGGACGGGAUUCGAAGUUCUCUCCUACGUCAGCGAUCGAAGUUUAGAGACGCCGCCGCGUUUGUCAAGGAAAGUAAAAUAAGGUGGGCCGGACACGUGAUGCGCUUUAAUGACAACCGUUGGACCAGAGCCGAGAGCGACUGGGUUCCCCGCGAUAUUAUGCGCACUACAGGAAGACCGCCGACCCAAUGGUCAAAUUUCUUCACGAAGUCUUUCAAAGAAAAGUAUGAUGCUCUUCGUGUCCUACACGAAAGGAGGAACCACUGGGCUACUUUGGCACGCGAUCGGGACAAAUGCAAGAAUUAG